AUGAAGUUUUUCUUGAGUCUCGUCUCUGCACUGUUGGUCACGGCGGCUUCAGCCUACGUAAUUAAUAUACCGGCCGACGAUACUAAGGAGGAUGUUCCUGUGCAGCCCAGUUGGCGGGAACCAGAGCACGUCUUCGGAGAUCUUGGCGCCAUGUCUGGCAACGGAGAGGGUUUCUGUAAGUCGAGCCGUGAGUCUAAAAAACGCUAG